GUCAUCGCAUUCUAGCGCUCGUGCAGUGUCAAUGUGAUUUCAAAAUAAAAUAGCAAAAUAAUUUAAGGUGCAAGUGUGCAAGUUUAUACUCUACUAUCAAAAGGACUAACAGCUGAAGGAUUAAAAGUGCUCAUGUAAUAAGGAUAUCAUUCGUUUCGCUUGCGCUAAUUAACUGUUCGUCAUUCUCUUUCGAACAUUACGACUUUUUGUAACUUUAGAGUACUUUUUUUGAGUUGUCCUGCAACGCAUGCGCUUGUUAUCCUGUGUAAUUAAACACAUAUGUAGCGGUUAAAGUGCAGUAGUGCGGUUAAUUUGAGAGUGUGUGUGUGUGCGUUAAGUCGGGAAUAGUGAGCUAUAUAAAUUUGUAUACUACAGAAUAUUCAAAAGCAAAGUGUAUUGUGCUGCUGGUUACUCGCUUCAAUAGAUCCUAAAACAGAAGCGGUAAAAACUGUUUGACACGAGUGCAAAAUGAAAGCGCUAAUAUCGUUCGGUGUAAUAACACUUCUAGCCUUCGCUUCUGUGCAAGCUACUCCCGCCAUCAGUUCCAGUGAAAACGCGAUUCCCAUUGUGAAUCGUAACCAACUGGAAGAAGGGUUCCUGCGUAAACUCAACAUAAAAUGUAGUCAGAGGGAUAAUCAUUCGUGUAUGAUGCUCAAAUUGAUUGUGUACAUGAAUCGAAUAUUUAAAAAAUCUUCAAUCGAUAUCAAUGAGAAUCUAAGGGUUUCGCAAAAUAGAGAUAUUGACUCCAUCCCGGAUGACCCCGAUGAUGAUUUAAUGCUGGCACGUUCCAUUGAAUCAGAUGAUGAGACGCUAGGUCUGCUGGUGGCUGGAAAAAUUUGGAAAUUCAUACGAUCACGUACGCUGCGCUAUAAAUUUUCCGACAAUGCAGACUUCGUGCUCACCACCGAACCCAAAGGCAAUUUAAACUUUGGCGUAUCGGUGAGCCCGGUUGAGACGUUCGAGGAGGGACGUGGCAAGAUGAAAAACAUGGGCCCAAUGUUGAUGGUAAUGAUGGCGAAGGCGGGCAUGGUGGGUGCUAUAAUGCUCAAGGGCUUAUUCCUGCUAGCGGGCAAAGCGUUAAUUGUCUCCAAAAUUGCACUGCUGCUGUCGGUGAUAAUCGCAUUAAAGAAAUUACUGUCUCAGAAAAAGCACAUCGUUGAAAUACCACAUCACGACACCUACAGUUCGGGUUGGGCGAGAGCUUUGAACGGCUUCAUAGAGGGCAUGGCCGAAGUGCCGGCGCAAAUAAUCGCACAGGAAGCACAGGAUAUGGCAUACAACGGACAAAUGCCCAAAGAGGAAGUGCACUAAGCAUACGCUAGAUAGUCAAUACUUAAUUUAUGUGGUACAAACGAUUACUUAUGAACAUAUGUAUAAGUACAAUCGAAUAAGAAUAUUUAAAGAUGGAAGGAAAGGCGUAAGCAAAAAAGAAAAAUAAAUAUAUAAAAACUUAAAAAAUAUUAAUUGAAAAGCAGCUGCAGAAAAACUGCAAUAAAAUGUAAAAAUCCAAAGCCAAUAACUUCAGCUGAGCAAGUUCAGUCGGUUCUGUUGGGUAAGACUACGAACACAAACAAACCAAUAUUGUAGACUUUUAUUCGGGCUUUUAAUAAAAGGUAUCUAUUAAAUAUUUAUUUUACCAACAAAAUAUAUUACUUUCUGGAAUAAAUGGAAAAUAAUUAUAUGUAACGGUGCUUUUAUACAUCUAACUGUUUUAUCUACUACAAUUAUAUGUUUAUAUAUGAUAUUAGAACCCCGUUAUUUAAAUUCCU